AACGCCCCCGCUUCAGAUGGAAGUCGUAAUACGUAAAGCCUCCAUGUUGCACAGGGAAUGUCGGGCCACCAGAUGUGAAAGGUUGCUUAAAAAGUGCAUCCCUCUUUAGACGCCGAGCAACUUGUAAUUAAUGCUUAUUUUUUGGACCGCAGCAAUUCCCCGAACGGGCUUCCGAGUGUUUUCAGCGCUGCUCCAGACACGGCCUCGCAUUGGAUAAUCGAAGCUAACUGGCUAACCCAAGCUGCUUGCCGACUUAACUUAAGUUUGCAGUUUAAGGUCGGGUUUUAUUUUUUGGGACAGCUGCUGAUAAGCACUUGCUUAAAACGAUAUAUAUUUUUAGACAGUCAUAGAUGACAGCCUCCAGUCAGCACCGCGCUAGCUGGCUGGCUCCCACCUCUGCCACAACGCUUCGCCUCAGACAGUUUCCUGGCUUUGUGGCCAAGCUGCUCGCCUUCAGCGUAAACUGCUAGCUUAGUGGAGCUAGCAAACGAAGCAAGCGCGUUAUCACGAAUAACAUUGUUGCAACACGAAACAGGAAUAAACACCCGCCUCAAUGGACCACAUGUCCAUCAUAACUCAAGUUUCCAACCCGAAGGAGGAGGAAAUAAUAUCUUUUAACCAAGAAAAAGCAUCCCAGUCAAACAGCAGCCUGAAGAAGCAGAGGAGUCGAAGCAUAUUCAGCACAUUCUUUUGUUGCUUUCGCAACUACAAUGUGGAGCCACCAGCCACCAACAGCAGCUCCCUGCCUCCACCCGUUGAGGAGAACGGAUCGCCUCCCAAGUGUGACCAGGUCCAGGUCAGCCCUGUCCCUACUCCGCCAGCCAAAUACCUCCUACCAGAGAUGAAAAUAUCUGACGAUGGUAAAAAGUGUGUGGUGAUAGACUUGGAUGAAACUCUGGUGCACAGCUCAUUUAAGCCCAUCAGUAACGCUGAUUUUAUUGUACCGGUGGAGAUCGAUGGUACCGUUCAUCAGGUGUAUGUGCUGAAAAGGCCCCAUGUGGAUGAGUUUCUUCAGAAGAUGGGAGAGUUGUUUGAAUGUGUGCUCUUCACAGCCAGUCUUGCCAAGUAUGCGGACCCUGUGGCAGACCUGCUGGACCAGUGGGGUGUUUUCCGUGCGCGGCUCUUCAGAGAAUCCUGCGUGUUUCACAGAGGGAACUACGUUAAAGACCUCAGCCGACUGGGGCGAGACCUCAACAAUGUUAUUAUUGUUGACAAUUCACCUGCCUCUUAUAUUUUCCAUCCAGAAAAUGCUGUCCCAGUUCAAUCCUGGUUUGACGAUAUGAAUGACACAGAACUCCUGGACCUGCUGCCUUUUUUUGAGGGACUCAGCAAAGAAGACGAAGUUUACGGAGUCCUGCAAAAUCUCAGAAGCAGGUAGCAGGACACGCCGCAGCUCAGCCUGUGCUCUCCAGGCUCCUCUCUGUCGAUCUCUGUCCCUCUCUGCAGCCCAUCAUCUCCAGCCUCUGGACGAUGACUCCAGGGGAUAGGCUCACUGUGGAAACCUCUGUGUAACCAUGUCUUUGGGUCCCCUCCUCCUGGUGGCUGGCUGCCUUCUGAGUGCCAUCAGAAAAACAAAAAAACCCUUAUUAUCCCAGGAUUACUGUGUCUCACAGAAACCACACCAGAAAGUGUACAGAGCAUCCUUAGUUAACAGGGACAAAAUACUAAGAGGAAUGAACUCUGCUUUUUAUUUUCAAAUCGGCAAACUUUUACUGUUCAGUAAAGUGCUAAUUUUUAAACCAAAAGCAAAAGGCAAAAAAAAAGAAAGAAAAUCAACUUUCCAUCUUAAGCUCCUUUUGUGGUACCACACAAAAGCCCGGAAACUAUUUUGUCCUCAUAUUGUUGCUAUGCAGGCAGUUUCUGGUUGUAGAAAGGACUGUGACUCUUUUCUUACUAAAUGAAGUGCCUUGUGUGACUGUUGUUUAUAUGGGAAGCUCUUUUCUACAUGGCAUAUUUCCAGAGUACUUCACAGAAAUGCUUUAAAGUGGACACAAAAGUAUCUCUAUCUGAACUUUUACUUCCUGUUUUUUGAUCAUCAGCCGUUGGGUAUUUGUCCCAUAGUACUUUUCUGUUUGUUUUCCUGUGUGCUUGUGCCAUUAUAUAGGUGUGACUUUGUUUCUUUCAGCUUUCAUUUUUUGUAGAGCUAGUUGUUAUGUUUUAGGCAAACGAGUGCGCUUGCAGCUAUGAAUAUCAAGCCCCACCUGCAAGUUUUUUUCUUAUUUUUGAUCUGAAAGCUCAGAUAAAACUGUGCCAUUCAUUCAUUUCUCUUUCAUUAUUUCCCAUGUUGCUUUUUAUUAUUUGCCAAAUGAGGAAAUACUUUAAAAGGCUUCAUAUCUGCCAGAAUUUGAGUUAAGUCUGUUAAACCAUAACUAAAUAUAGCAUUAUAGUUUUUUUGUGAUGAGAUGAUCUGUUCUGUCAUGAUUAUUGGAUGGCUAGCUCUUCAUGUGUGCUUGUUUUUGAAAGGGUCUGGGGUUUUUGCAGCUAAAUGGUCAAGUCCCAUGUUUUAUUUUCACUGUUCUCCUGACUCGAGUAUCUUUAGGAGUUUGGUGUUAAAAUCACACGAUUCUGAUUUCUGUGCGUUCAUGGCCUGCCCUUAUCCAGCCUUGGUGAAAAACCAAUGAAGACCAUAUUUGAUGUUUAUCCUCCCAGACUUUUUCUUUUUUAAAGAAACUCUUCUUCACCUCAGUGCCUAUGUUUGAGAGGAGCCCAGCAAAACCGAAUGCUGCAACAUUAGCUACCAUGGCAAUAACUUUUUUUUUUUUUUCGUCCUGCUUCAUUUUGUGUUUCUAAGAGCACUUGACAAAUCUAGGCAGUAGAAGUUUAACUGCAACUCUGAUUCGUGUUUUCAGAUUUGAUAAAAGACAACUUUUUUUUUUUUUUUUUAUAAAAAAAGAAAACAGCAUUUUUAUCAGAUUUCAAGCGCUGAAACAGUUUGAAUGUUGCAAGGAUUGAUUCCAGUGAACAAGUCAACUUUUGUCGCCAUGUUUACCAGCUUUCGUUGAGGUAGAACGUGAAAAGGAUGCCUUCCAAGCCCACAGUGGGGUCCUCAGUCCUGGCCCAUCUAGCAGUAAGGGUCCAUCUGUAAAUGAAACGCUACCAGGGCACUGAAACUGAAAAGGGACUGUGAAGAACCUCUUUGGCAUUGAUGCCUUAAUGCUUUUGGAGACACGAAAGCAAUUCUUCCUCCUCGAUUUCAAAUGUUACAUUUACAAGGCUGCUGUUGCAUCUGUGGUGUUUUAUUAGGGUGUGGAAAAGGCUGAGCUACAUAUGUGGAUCACAUGUGGUUCAGCUGAGUCCCCAACAAAACUGUUUGGGCUCUGUUUCUUGGUUUAAUGGAUCAUGGUAUUUUAUGAGAAGGCUACACUACUUCACAAGUUCCUAUUUGUUUGUAUUUUAAAGGUCACUGCUCUUUCAGGAAAAAGGAAAACCUGAUCAUCUGAUCUUUCUGUGUUCUGCAUUUGUGUUGGUAGCGAGCGUUCAGGUCGUGAUGAUUUCAAUGCGAUGCUCUUUUUAUAUGAAGCAUUGCUUCUACUCCUCUCCACCUCUCACUGAUUAUUUAUCUAAAAAUGUUUCAUUGUAAUAUUUUUCUACCUACAUCUUGUCAGUAUUUGGUAUAAAAAUAACAUAUAACCCAUCUUUUUUUAGUUAUUUGUUCAUUUUUUUCUCUUUCAGAUUUGUUAUGUCCUUUUCUUUAGCCUUUUGGCCCCCCCCAGGGGAUGAAUUUCUGUGUCUGUUUCCUUACACUUUUUCCACCAUGUAUCAUUUCACUUAUAAUCACAAUGGUCAGUUUGUAUUAACACCAAAGUUCUAAAACUCUUGAUUUUAAGUCACAGUGGUUUUGUUGGAUCAGGAUGUUCACUUGUUUUUUGUUCUUUAAGAAACACGCUGGUUUUUGUUGACAUUGAGUUUUGGCAGUAUUUGUCAUUCUGAGCAUCAUUUCUUUUUUUUUCCUUAAUAAAGGCUUCAUUGAAACUA